CAGAGAUUAUGGAGUUACAAUUUUUUGCCCCCAUGGUUAAGGGUUUAAGGCUUUAAUUAAUUUAAUUCUUAUUGAAGACCAAUAACUUCUUCGGAACUUCAGCAAAUCUGUACAGGCCAACAGUCAAUGAAAAAAUUUUUUCAUGUGAAAACAUCCGGAGCAAAUCCCAAUGAUACGAAGACCACAUUAUCUCCGAGAGGUGAAAGAUCGUUUCAAGGAGGUCAAGGACUUGGUCUUCUGAUUCGUUGAGAGUUCUUCGUUAUUUGUUCCCCCAAUUUUAAAUCUAGCAGUUAAUCCGAGGACAACUGCAAUCCCUUGAUACGUGUCCACAUACUCCUCACACAUGCUCAGAAAAUAUGACGUGGGUGGUAACGUGCUUGAAUUUAUUUAAGUCAAGUACUCUAGCUCAGUUGGCACGAGUCAGUCAUGCUCGUCUAGUCAAAAUCAUCACCGCAGUGCCAUUAACACCAAUCAAUGCCCAGCACUUGAAUUUUUUCCUGCUCAUCUGUCACGACACAACACCAUUAAUAAAAGGAGAAUUUCAUUAUUUGGAAUCGAUCAGCUGUUUAUCGUUGAAAAAUGUUUAUCGAUGAUGUUAUUUAUCUCAUUGUGCUGCUGUUAUGCAUCAAAUUUGGUCAAGUAUUUCGGAGAUUCAAAGACGCCGAGUCCAGGCAAUGGAUAUCCACUGGUUUUGGAUUAUUUGUGACGUUUGUGGUGUCCGGUGUACAUAUUUUACAUCCUAUUAUAAGUACUGUUAUCACAGCGGUUCUGAUAACGAAAUUGUCACAUCGAACGAGACACAUAGCUGCCUUUUUCUUCACCUUCUUCUACCUCCUCGUCGUAUUCCGCCUGGCUGAUUGGUAUGGUCUGGUGGUGCCGUCCACCCACGUGAAUCUCCUCCAGAUGAUCAUCACCCUGAGGCUCGCCGGUCUCGGGUUCGAGGUGAAUUCAGCAGUUGAAAGCCUCAAGGAAGAACCCAAUAACAGGACCUACAGAGCUAUCAAGAACAUCGGAUUCCUGGACGUCUUCCACUUCGGACUAGGGUACAUAGGACUCUUAACAGGGCCUUAUUACACCUACAGAACUUAUCUGGACUGCAUCCACCGAAAUCUCGGGGAUUACAUCGACUGUGAAGGACAAACCAUCAAGAAACUGAAAAAAAUAGUAGUUGCUGUAGUUUUCCACCUGUUGUUCAAUUUCUAUUAUCCUAUAAGUUACGUUUACACCGAGGAAUUCCAGGCGAGAUCGUUAUUGUACAGAUACUUCUACGUUUAUCCCUCGUUUUUCAAUUUUAAAACGAGAAUUUAUGCUGGGAUGAUGCUGUCUGAGUGCGUUUGUCAAAUGGCAGGACUCGGAGCCUAUCCUACGAGCUGUGAACCCCAGUCGGGGCUAGGACCAAAGGACUACAAAAAAUAUUUAGAAUUAACAAACAAUCGCCAAAAAUUGAAAUCCGAGGAGAUCGAUUUUAAGACUGUUCACAAUAUCGAUAUCCCAGCGGUGGAGAGGUGUUUCCUGGUGAGACAUGCCAUGAAAUCCUGGAAUAUUACUGUGCAAUACUGGAUGGCAGCGUACGUUUACAAGCAAUUCCCCAGUAAAACCCUAAGGACAGCUGCCACUUUCACGAUCUCCGCUGUCUGGCAUGGUUGGGCAUUUGGAUAUUAUGUUUCACUACUAUCUCUCAUAUUUUUCCUACCAGUGGAGGAUCUCUACGUCAAAUUCUACCAUCAGAGCGAGGAGAACAGUUUUAAGAAAAACGGACUUUGGGCACUUCUCUACUUCCUCAGGUUCUCCUGCAUGUCCUACUUGGGAAUUGGAUUUCAACUGCUGGAAUACGACAAUACUGUGUACUAUUUUACGAACAUCUACGCUGCUGGACAUGUAUUUGUAGGAUUAUUAUACGUUAUCGGUCGCCUGGCGAAGCCAUCGAGAAUUGUUGAAACUGAUAAGAGGCUGUGAAUUAUGAAAAAAAUUGUUGAUGUUACGAAAGUACCUACUAGCAUUGUGACAAAGAUCUUCCAGGAAGGAUGUGAUAAUGCACAAUUAUACAUAUUUGCACAAUAGAUCAAUUGAGGAGCAGGAAUUUUAUAUGCAAAUCAUUGAGGAGUUGAGUGGAUCUGAAUUCUAAAUAAAAUUAUUAUAGAUUUUAA